UGGUCGAGUUACAAACAUCCUGAGUCACAAAGAGAGCAGGAAGACGUUCAGUUCACUUUUACUGAAAGAAAAUGCUGUAUUGAUUUGCCUUAUACAGUAUGUUCCACAUUAAGAAGGAGUGACUUACAGGAUAGCAGUGAGAGGUGUGAUGAAAAUAAAAAUAGGAUAUUAGCAGAGAGACGAAAUAUCGGUCAUGAUGUGGCAUCUAGCAGAUACAAAAGCCUGGUGUGUGUGUCCACACUUCCUUUUGUCUCGCAAGACUAAAUACUGUAGAACAUUUGUUGGACACCUUACAUUACUUCCUGAAUUGACAUUUUGAAUCCUGAAUAUGGUGACCAACAUGUUGCUGCUAGUCCUCUUUGUUUCAGAUUUUCUCCCACAUCUUAUUGAAGGUACUUGUUCUAAGUCCCUUAACAUCACCACACCGAAGCGGAUGGAAGCACUGAGUGGAUCCUGUUUGCUGAUCCUGUGUAACUUCAGCGCUGACCUAGCUGUGGGCUUCAACAGCGCACGAGAAAUCUUCGUAGUGUGGAUUAAAAAAGAGCCCCAAUUUGGCCAAAAAACAGAAAACGUGAUUUUCCACAGUAAUAGGACAAUCAACACAUAUCCAAUGAGUAUUACAGGAAACCUGAGACAGGGAAACUGCACCACUCUGUUUUCUAGUUUGGAAGAAAGUCACACAGACAAAUACUUCUUCAGGAUUGAGAACGGCCCAUUUCGGGGAACAGCUUUAUGUGAUCCUCCUCUUCAAAUAACAGUGAAAGAUUCUCCUCCGAGCCCCACCAUUGAGAUCCCAGGUGAUCUGAAGGAGGCGGAGUCUGUCACUGUAACCUGCUCAGCUCCAGCUCCCUGUCCACACUCCCCUCCUAAACUCACCUGGACUCUCCAACAAGACCCUCCCAACACAAUGGAGGAAAACCCAGAUCGGACCUUCACGACUAAGAUCCAGAAGACCCUCACUCUGACAGACCAACAUGAUGGAUUCUCCAUCACCUGCUCUGCCAGCUAUCCUGUGAAUGAAGGGAAAGAUGUUAAGACAGCAGAGGAGACAAAGAGUCUCCAUGUUUCAUGUAAGAACAACCUGUGAUUGUCAGCACAUGAU